AUCUUCUAAGGGACAUACAGGAAAUGAAAAAGGCCCCAAUUCGAUACAAGCAGAAAUGUACAGCUCUGAUAACAACACUGGUGAUAUUGUUCACUUUCACAUGGAGGACUAAUGUUGACUCUCGGAAUCCAUGGAGGCCCAUGAAGAAAAGCCAAUCAUCUACACAAUGGAAAACAAGCCGAUUGUGACAUGUGCUGGCGACCAGAGCCUGUUCACUUCUCUCUACACCUCUCUGGCACAGCAGUUACCCAGAGAGUCCAUGGAGUGGAGGAGGUCUUACGGACGCGCACCAAAGAUGAUUCACCUCGAGGCCAACUUUGUUCAGUUCAAAGAGGAGCUACUUCCUAAGGAUGGAAACAGAGCCCUGCUCACCUUUCCCUUCCUGCACAUAUACUGGACAGACUGUUGUGACACUGAGAUGUACAAGGCGUCGGUGAAGGAUGACAUGCUGCGGUGGCAGAGCACCCUGCGGCUGCACGGCUCGGUGGACUGGCUCAUCGUGGUGGUGGAGAGCGAAGCCAAGAAGAAGAACAAGACCAACAUCCUGCCGCGCACCUCCAUCGUGGACAAGAUCCGCAACGACUUCUGCAACAAGCAGAGCGACAGGUGUGUGGUUCUGUCGGACCCUCUGAAGGAGUCGUCUCGGUCCCAGGAUUCGUGGAGCUCCUUCCUGACCAAGCUGCGCACCUUGCUACUCAUGUCCUUCACCAAGAACCUGGGCCGCUUCGAGGAUGACAUGCGCACUCUCCGCGAGAAACGCACUGAGCCCGGCUGGAGCUUCUGCGACUACUUCAUGGUGCAGGAGGAGUUGGCCUUUGUGUUUGAGAUGCUGCAGCAGUUUGAGGAUGCCCUGGUCCAGUACGAUGAGCUGGACGCUCUCUUCACUCAGUAUGUCCUCAACUUUGGGGCUGGAGACGGGGCCAACUGGCUGGGCUCGUUCUGUGCCCCGGUGAAGCGCUGGAGCGGGCUGCUCCUGCGGCGGCCCAUCGACAUGGAGAAGCGCGAGCUGAUCCAGCGUGGCGAAGCCAGCCUGCUGGACCUGCGCAGCUACUUGUUCUCCCGCCAGUGUACCCUGCUCAUCUUCCUCCAGAGGCCCUGGGAGGUCACCCAACGAGCCCUGGAGCUGCUGCACAAUUGCAUCCAGGAGCUGCGCCUGCUCGAGGUGUAUGUGGUCCAGGGGGCGUUGGACUGCUGGGUGUUCCUCAGCUGUCUGGAAGUGCUCCACAGGAUCGAGGGCUGCUGCGACCGCGCCCAGCUAGAGGCCAACUGCUCCCACACUGUCGGCUUGUGGACCUACGCCACGGAGAAGCUAAAGUCUCUGGGCUACCUGUGUGGCCUCGUGGCCGAGAAAGUCCCCACCUCCGAGGACCUAAACCGCACCGUGGACCUUCUGGCUGGCCUGGGGGAAGAGAGACCAGAGACUGUCAACAGCCUGCAGAGCCCUUACAAAAAACUCAAUGAGGCCUUAUCGUCUGUGGAGGCAUUUGAAAAACACUAUCUGGAGCUGUCUCAUGCUGCUAUGGAGAUGUACAGAGCCAUAGGCAGGAUGCGCUCAGCCCGGCUCAUUGGGAAGAGUCUAGCUGAGUUUUACAUGAAGAAAGGUGACCCGGAGAGAGCAGAGGGCUUCCUUGAUGACUCUCUGAGGUCAUACGUGGCAGAGGGGUGGAGCCUGCAGGUGACUCAUACCAGGAAGCAGAUGGCAGAGUGUCAGAAGCUCCUGCAGCAGACUGAAGACUACCUGCAGACCAGUGCCUUGCUGGCGGGCGACGCCAACCUGACAGAGGAGGAGAGGAAGCACUUCUGCCAGGAGAUCCUUACCUUCGCCAGCCAGCCCCCGGCACCCUCAGACCAGACUGUGGCUCUGAGCAUGGCGGCGUUCGCCCAGCUGCGCCAGAUGCAGUUCAGCCCGCCUGGCGCCGUGGUGCACGUGGGUGCCGCCCUGCAGCUGGAGCUGCGCGUGCGCUGCCUGAUGCCUGUGGCCAUGCAGGUGGAGCAGCUGGCUGCCACUCUCCACUUCAGCCUGGAGCAGGGCGGGGCGAGGGGCCGUGCGGGUAGCGCCCAGAGGAGGGCGGGCCAUGGACCACAAGGCCAGGGGGACGGGGUGGUCCUGUUCCCCCAGGGAAGCCCCCUAGCUGGGGCCGGGAUGGGCGUUUCGCUACCCCCCGCCCUGGAGCUUUACGAAAUGCAGGACCGCAGCCCGUCAGACAGCUCGCUCACCUCCACGGGGGUGGUGUGUAAGAACAUGCACCUGCUGCUGCGGCGCCACGACAGCUCCGCCUCCCUAGACACGCCCACGGCCGGGGCCCUCCCGGCAGCGGUCGCCGUGGACGACGGGGCCCAGAUGUUGAGGGCACGCGACAUAACGCUGCAGCCCGGCGACAACAGCAUCUUGUUUACGGCCCCGACUGGAGAGCCGGGCUCGUACACGUUACGUCAGCUGUGCGGGAGCGUGGGGAGAGUCCAGUUUGUCCAGUCUCACAUCUACCCUGUGGUGCAGUACGAGGUCUACUCCCAGGAGCCUCAGCUCACCAUCGAGCCCCUCUCAGACAACCUGUUGGCAGGCAUUCCCCAAAAGGUGACGUUCACCAUAGCAACAGGCCACUACAGUGUGAAGAAGGGUGACGCGUUGCAGCUUAGCAAUACAGACUCCAUGCCCAUCCUCCACUCUAGCUGCUGCUCUGCUACCGUCCUGUCCAGCACGGGAGGUCAGCCUUCCAUCCAUCCACUCUGGAGCGCAUGGGGGGAGAGUGCUCUUUCCAUCCAGUCAUCGGAGAAGGUGACCAGCAUCUCCCUGCCCCCCACCCCUCCCUACCACACCCUGGAGUUCCAGCUGGAGGUGCUUGCCACAUCCCCCCCCACGCCCUUCAAGCCCGACAUUGAGCGUCUCACCAACGGUGAGGUCCGCCACCGGCCCAAGAGCCACAGCCACGCAGACAGUGGCAUGAUCAACAUCGACCAAAAGGUCUCCAUCGACUGUCCUUGGUCCAUCUACUCCACUCUCAUAGCCCUCACCUUCUAUGUCCCUUUCAAAGCCAAGCACUCAAUACUCUCUGCUGGGAAAAGGAAGUAUAUACAGGUGUGUCUCCAGAACGUGUCCGACACAAACUUCCACCUGGCGGACCCGGUCCUCACAGAGCGCCAGCCCACAGUCUCGAUGGAGCUGCUCUCACUCAAUGUUAAAACGCAACAGCCGGUGUGCAGUCAGCAGUCAGUGUUCUGCCUGUGGGAGAUGCGUUGGGCCAAACCCCUCCCGCUGUGCCUGCAGUGUGCAUUCUCCGCCAGCUUCGCGCCCGUCUCCGCCUCGGACACACACACAGCCUUCAAACCCUACCGCUACGAGUUCCAGCUGGACCGGGUCUCUACCCUUUACAGCUUGAAGGCCGAGAUCUUGCCGCCGUCCGGGGACCAGCACUGUCGCACCGGCGCCCUCUGUGGCCUCGAGGUGUCCAUCACACGGCAGGCGGAGCCCAGCGAGACUGAAGGGGAGGAGGAGGAGUCUAUGGAAAUAGAGGGCCUGAGGACCACCAAGCUCAUGUAUGAAGUGGUGGACAACAGCAGUAACUGGGCGGUGUGUGGCAAGAUCGGGGUGGUGUCCAUGCCUGUGGCUGCAAGCGCCACACACAGGGUUCAGAUGGAGGUCAUGCCCCUGUUCGCCGGUCACCUGCCCUUCCCCAACAUCAAAGUGUUCAAGUACCUACCCCACAGUGCCGUCCCAGCCAUUCAGCCCGACACGGACAGCUGCUUAGAGAACGACACCAUAUCCCUGCUGGACAAAGGGCUGGACGACCAGGGCGACACGACCAGCAUCCGCAGCCGGGGCAGCGUCCACUCAGUGGGCAGCGGGGAGCAGCAGAGGGGUCUGCCCAUGCCCCGGCUGGAGCCCUUCAGUCCGGGACAGGUGUUCUAUUGGAGCCAGGGGCGGCAGGUGCUGGUGCUGCCCGUUACUGAUGACCACGUGAUGGAGGUUAACGUCACAUGACCCCUGUGGGCCGCUACUGCACCUCCCCCUAUGCCCCCACCACGCCUGGACCUCUGUGGUUUGGUUCCUGGCUGUGGUUCUGGAAGAGGGCCUGGCGGCAGGGAACUGACACUGGCACUCCUCUCAGGACUCAUUGCUGGCCAGCCACUGGCCCUGCUCCUGUUUUGGCCUGAGUUCCAUCUGCUCUAUUUUUAUCUGGUCAAUCUUUUUCAUACUGUAAAACUAUCUCUCUCAUUGAUUCUUGCUCCGUGGACACAGCAAACCGCUUAACUGUUCUGCGUAGACCCCCUCCCCCCACACACACACACACACACACCUGUGAUCGGCUUGCUGGUUCCACUGAUCGUCAACACAACCUUCUGUAUGAGGCACACAUGGACACACUAAUGGGCGUUUGGACAGGGGUGCUUCGUUUUUGUGGUUUGUAUUGGUUGGUGUGUGUCUCUGUCUAUGCAUGACAUGGCAAGUUGUGAUGGAUGAAGGGAAAGAGCGGGGCCGGUUAAUCGUGUGUGUGUGUGUGUGCAAUAUCUACUCCACUUUUCCUCUUCACUCACUUUUCAGCCCUUUGCCCCCAAACCCUGCUGAAUCCUCUUUCCUUUGCUGUAGUCAUAGCGCCACCCUCUGGCCACAGUACAAACUGUUCAAUAAGUACACAUUUUUCCAGAGGAAUCACUGUACUGACUGUGCAAAGGCUGCACCAAAAACACAUUGUCUCGAAGGAAUAUGUUGGAGAAAAAUAUCAGUUUUGUUUUUGUGCCGGUGUGAGACGUACUAAUGAACACUUGCUUUUGGCUUUGUUCAGGUUUUAGGUUUCACUUAUUCACGUAUCGGUGGAAUCUGAGAACAAUGGGAUGAAAUAGCACUUGGUUGUUUUCAGUGACUUCUUUUUGGCUGAAAGUGACCCGUCUGUUUGAAGUGUUACCAUCAAGUGUUCUGUCUGACUUUGUGGUUUACUUGAAUGCUUGAGGUGGUAAAUUCCUAUGUUUAGUAAAUGUGGUGUCUGACAAUUGUUCUUUUUUUUCUCCUCUUCUCUCAGACAUUCGCUGUUGCUACGGUAACUGUCAGGAAGAGCACUUUCGUAUCGUAGCACAAUUCUUUCACAAAAACAAUUUAGAAGGAGGGGAAAUUCGCUUGUGUAAAUGCGAUGUUCAUUCGUUUUAUUGACCUCUAUUUUUGUACUGUGUCGCCGGACAAGUUUUGGUUGUUGCUCAGUGUCUGUCGCUGUGGUUGGUAUCUACUGGAGGCCUAUGGUGGCUUUGGGCCUGAGGCCUAAGCACACCCUGUAGCACACCCCUUCAGCUAUACUGUCCUGUAUUCCUCCACCUCUGGGCUUGUAUCUAGCAUAAUCCCACAAACAAAGUAGUGCUCACCGCCAGGACGAAAGGCAGAAGACUUGUUCCCUCUAUCUGGCCAUCUUGAUGAAAGAGAACCUCUCCCACUCAGACUCCACCUACAAAACCUAGUGGCAAAAAAAAAAAAAGUAUGAACCCUUUGGAAUUACUUGGAUUUCUGUUUAAAUUAGUAAACAAAUUUGAUCUGAUCUUCAUCUAAGUCAGGACAAUAGACAAACCCAGUCUGCUUAAACUAACGCGCACACACACAAUUAUACAUUUUCAUGUCUUUAUUGAACACGGUGUGAACAUUCUCAGUGCA